AAGAUUCGAAGUCCUGUCAGUCACGAAAGACACUCGAACCAGAGGUCGCUUACACGUGACGUCGGCCUCCCAAACGAAAGACACAGAGAAGGGAAAUUUAAGGAAUCCUAUUGAUGGAAAAGAUAUUUUGAACAAGAAUGAGUAACACCGAGAAGUCCCGUUAGACAAGAAUGUGAAAAAGCCUCUCGUGAUAUUUUUUUUUGCUUAGAUACGGUACGGUAAUUUUAGAGCAAUAUUGGUCAAUGUUUUGUGGAACGAAAUAUUUAUUAAGUGAUACGGAGUGAUAUUUUUAUUGCUUAGAUUCUUGUUAUGGCGUUUCUCCGAGGAGCAUUGGAAGCAAGCGAUGCCGUUAAGGAAUGUCUGGCCAAGGCUGGAGUGAAAACUCCCGUAGACUUUCUUUUGGCUGACCUCGAGGCUCUGGCUCACGAGGGCUGCAGCUAUCGGGAGCUCGAGGCCCUAAAGAAGGUGCUGUGGGCCCAACACGUCGCGCUGCCGGUGGCGGGCGACGCUCUCUACCGAGAAGCUCUGAAAACCUCGUUCGUCUUCUCCACGUCUUACCCUAACAGAAUGGAUGCCGCCUUGGAAGGAGGUGUGCUCAGAGGCGAGGUUGUUGAGAUUUGCGGUGGGCCAGGGACCGGUAAGUCGUUAUUUUGUACACGGAUGGCAGUACGUCUGGCGGCCAGUGGGCGCCGCGUGCUCUAUGUUGACACUGCCGCUGUGCUCACCCCAGCAGUUGUCGUACGUCAGCUGCAGGACUUAGGGGAAGAGGUGACGGAAGAAAUUCUACAGCGCGUGUCGGUGUGUCGGCCCCCGGACACGUGGGCCCUGGUGGGGCGCGUCACCGACGCCCUCACCAGCGACGCGGCGCCCCACCUCCUCGUCAUCGACGCUCUCACUGUCUUCAUGCUGUCGUCUUCCACGGCAGAAAUGGGCUCGAUAUGGCAACUGUCGUCGGCAGUGCGGACGCUUGCGAACAAACGACGGUGCGCCGUCCUGCUGGUGAUGCAUCAGCACGACCUGCCUGCUGGCAACGUCCUGCGCAGGAUGUGGCAGCAUGUGCCUCACAUCCGCAUUGUUUUUACGGCCGACCCUGACACAGGGACAUCAUUUCGCAUCGUCAAAGCCACUAGACUUGCCGAGUGGUCAGACUCCAAGCCAUUGUGAAACUGAGCGGAAGAAAAAACACCGGCAAAACAAGAGCGUCACCAAUUGCCUCCAAGUGCAGUAAGCCCCUCCUACGCCUCCUGAACUCUUGCGCGUGUGUGAGGCAGUACCAGGCGGUGCUGAGGACGUCCACUGUCGCGCUCACAAGGCUGCGCUUGACAUUACUCGUGGCCGAGCAUUUGCUGAGCAUGUUGGGCAGCAGGUGGAGCAGCUCGUAAUGGCGUAGCAGGCGGUUAGCUCCGUACGGAGUGGAACACAUUCCUCCAACUGCAGCGAGAACAUCCAACUGCAGAAGGAACAUUCCUUUUACUACGUGAUAGCAAUUAGCGAAAACAGUUAAAUGGUAAUUUGUUUUCGAGAAUGUGCAAAUAGGCAGCUAUGUAUUUAACAACUUGUAAAUAAUUUUUAAAUGUAUUCUACAAAUUUGUAUCAAGUAUUGGUAACUUAAUUAUUUUCA